GUCCCAUAAACCCACUUUUUAAUCCCAAAGCCUUUUUAUUUUGUGGUCAAUGUGCCACCAAUUGCCACAAAUCCCUCUCUCCCUCAGUCCCACCCCGCCCCCACCACCCUGUGUGUGUGUGUGCAGAGAUGAGUCUGAGUAAAGGCACAGCUGGCAUCAUCAUCCUGUAACCUGUUCUGGUCUGGCUGUAUUUGUGAAUGCACUGGCAUGAACUGAGUACCUGGACAGAAAGACAACCAGCCGUUCACCCUGGUGGUCAGCUAUGAUUGUCAUUAUCUGUGGUUCUGCUUCUGAUAAGGAUAUUAAGGACUUCCACCCUAUUUUGGUGUUCAAGUUCCUGGAGAGAAAGACUUCUCAACCAUCUCCUCACUAGCGCAGUGCACUCUUGGCCAGUUGGCAGCCAUGAAAAGUGUGCCAAAGGAUGAUAUGAGAUGCCAGGGCAAAAGAGAAGAGGAAUAAAUCUUGGUAUUAUGAUCCACAGCCCGGAGGGAAAAGUGUUGUUUUUGACCAUUACCACAAGACGUAUUUGGAGAUUGAAGACAUAUUAAUAUUUGGUUUUGGAAAAAUACUGUCAAUCUGCAGUGGACUGAAAAAGUUAUUUUCCUCCCUUCCAGUCUGUUCUGCAUCCAGACUCCUGCAGGAGGAACGCAACAGAAGCCUUCUCCCACCUGGCCAAUCAGCUCUGCUAUUUAAGCACAUGUUACUAUAAGUUUAUGUUGAAUGAUAUCAUGCAAGAUCCACACCAUUACACGACGGCCAUGUUAAUAACAAUAGCAGUUUAAAGGAUAUAAAAGAAGAAGUGCGCGCUCUCGGCCAAGCGCAGCAUCAGCACCAGCAUCAGAAGCGCGUCCCCGCCGCGGUGGAGACUGCCCGAGAUCCCGGGAAGAGGAGUUGGAGCUGUGCGUGUUAAAGUUGGGCUAAAGGGGGUUGAGAGGAUGCUGCAGAACAAUCUACGAUCAAAUUAACAUAGCCUAUGCGGAGAAACGUGUCCUAAGUGAAGGAUGACUUGCAAAAUACUGAGCAUAUGCCUCUUAUUUUUGGGUUUUCAACAUUGCUCCUCACGAGAAUGUGUUGAUCCGCUGGUCUCCGGGCUCUAUGCCUCCUCCUUCCUGGCCUCGUCCAGAUAUAACUUUCUUUACUCUGCCAAUUUUGCCAAAUUAUAUGGCAGCAGCGGCUGGUCCCCAUCCCCCAGGGACAGACAGCCAUGGCUGCAGAUAGACCUGCGCAGGAAGUAUCGACUGGUGGCCAUUGCCACCCAGGGGACCUUCAACUCAUAUGACUGGGUCUCAAAGUACACCCUGCUCUAUGGAGAUAGGCCAGACUCCUGGACGCCGUACAUCAUGAAAGGAGGAAACUCUACACUGCCUGGGAACUGGAAUUAUUAUCAGGUGAAGAGGAAUGUUUUCCAUUACGCCUUUACUGCUAAACACAUUCGUCUGCUGCCUCUGGAGUGGAACACAGAGAAUGGAGGGAAGAUCGGUGUGAGGCUGGAGCUAUUUGGCUGCCCUUAUGAUUCCUAUGUGCUACAGUACAACGGGGAUGACUCAGUGGUCUACAUGUACCCAGGAAAAAGGUCUCGUACACUACAAGACCAUAUUGCCAUAAACUUCAAGACUCUGGAGCAGGAUGGUCUACUAUUACAUAGUGAGGGGAUUCAAGGAGACCUCUUCACCCUUGAGCUCAAGAGAGGUCGUCUUUACCUGCACAUCAGCCUAGGAAGCAGUGUAAUACACAAAGUUAAUGGUCGAACUACACUGACUGCUGGCAGCCUUCUUGAUAAUCUACACUGGCACUAUGUCACCAUCAAGCGCUAUGGUCGACAGGUGAACUUCACAGUGGACAGUCAGACAGUGUCAGCCAUCUGUAACGGAGAGUUUACACACCUGGAUCUUGAUACACAGUUAUACGUAGGAGGUGUUAUAGAGCAAAAUUUGCCUCACUUGCCAACCACACCAAAUUUCCGGGGCUGCCUGGAGAACGUCUUCAUCAAUGGCAUCAACAUCAUUGACAAGACACAGAGAGAAGAAUCUGACAUCCGCAUCCCACGAAAGAAAAAGAUGCAUUUUGCUUGCAGGGACAUUCUGCUCAAACCAAUGACUUUUGCUGGGCCCAACAACUAUCUGCAGGUACCGGGCUUCUUCAGGAGGCCUCGUAUGUUUGUCAAGUUCAAGUUUCGGUCAUGGGACUACACAGGGUUGCUAAUGUUCACGCGAUUUGCGGAUGACCUGGGUGCCCUUGAGCUGGGGCUAAGCGAGGGACAGAUCAACGUCACUAUAUUCCAGCCUGGCAAGAAGAAACUCCAGUUUGCUGCAGGAUACAGGCUAAAUGAUGGUUACUGGCAUACAGUGGAUUUGGCAGCCAGAGACAGCCUGCUGACCCUCACAAUUGAUGAGGAGGAAGGCUCUCCCCUAAAGAUCACCAACCCUUUUACAAUUCGGACAGGAGACCGCUACUUUUUUGGAGGUUGUCCGAAAACCAAUAACACAAUAAGGAAGUGUGAGACCAAGCUGAACCGCUUCCAUGGUUGCAUGCAGCAUAUCUUCAUAGACAAUGAACAGCUUGAUAUCGAUAUUAUUCUGCAACGACAGUGGGGGCGCUAUGCUGAGUUGUUGUUGGGCACAUGUGGCAUCACUGACAGAUGUACUCCAAAUCCAUGUGAACAUGAAGGCAGAUGCAUCCAGUCCUGGGAUGACUUUAUAUGUCUGUGUGAGAAUACAGGUUAUAAAGGAGAAGUGUGUCACAUGUCGGUUUAUAAAGAGUCAUGCGAGGCCUACAGACUCAGCGGCAAGUAUUGGUCUGGAAACUACACCAUCGAUCCUGAUCUCAGUGGACCGCUGAAACCAUUUGAAGUGUACUGCAAAAUGAAGUCAUAUAAAGCUUGGACAGUGAUUAUGCAUGACCGUGUGGAUGGUACCAAGGUGAGUGGGAGUUCAAUAGACCGGCCCUAUAUAGGAGAUGUCAACUACUGGAAUGCCUCCUGGGAUGAAGUCACUGCUCUAGCCAACACUUCAAUGUACUGUGAGCAGUGGAUUGACUACUCCUGCUACAAGUCCCGUCUCCUCAACACCCCCAAUGGAAGACCUUUUGGUUACUGGAUUGGCCGUAACAAUGAGAGUCACUAUUACUGGGGAGGAACAUUCAGAGAGGUCCAGAAGUGUGGCUGCGCUAUCAACCAAACCUGCACUGAUCCCAAGUUUCAAUGCAACUGUGAUGCUGACUAUAGACAAUGGUACUCCGACAAGGGCUACUUGGACUUUAGAGACCAUCUGCCUGUGAGAAAGGUAGUAGUCGGGGACACCAACAGGACCGGCUCAGAAGCACAGUUCACCGUUGGGCCCCUCCGCUGCCAUGGGGACAGAAACAUCUGGAACACCAUAGCCUUCACCAAACCCACCUACAUAACUUUCCCCACCUUCAGGCCUGGCUCCAGCGCUGACAUCUCCUUCCACUUCAAAACCUAUCGUGACCACGGCGUCUUCUUAGAGAACUCUGAUGACCAACUUCGAAACUUCAUACGGAUAGAGCUGAAUACCACCCAUAACCUCGUGUUUGUAUUUAUGGUUGGUGAUGGCAUCAUAAAUGUGACACUACGCUCCCCUGUGCCUCUCAAUGACAAUGAGUGGCACUUUGUUCAGGCUGAGAUUAAUGUGAAACUGGCCCGCAUCAAGGUUGAUUAUCAGCCUUGGGCUGUUACGCGCUUUCCAGGUCAGACCUUUGUCACCAUGAAGUUUACACAUCCUAUCCUAGUAGGUGCAGCCAACCGCACCCUGAGACCUUUCUUGGGGUGUCUUCGAGGGUUACGGAUGAACGGUGUUCCUCUUGAUCUAGAGGGGAAAGUAAAUGAAGAACAGGGUAUAAGGAGGAACUGUACUGGACAGUGCCUCAAUGCUACCAUACCAUGCCGAAACAGUGGCCAGUGUAUUGAGGGCUAUGCUUCCUACACUUGUGACUGCAACAACACAGCUUUUGAUGGUUUCUACUGCCAUAAAGACAUCGGAGCCUACUUUGAGAUUGGCUCGUGGCUGAGAUACAACAUACGAAAGAAGCCUAUUUCAGAUGAAGCAGCAUGGGCCAACUGGAUCGACCCACAUUACGACAACUUCAGCCUUGGUUACAAUGACACAGCAGAUGACAUAGAGUUCAGUUUCAGCACUGUUCACACGCCAGCUGUGUUGCUCUACAUCAGCUCCUUUGUCCAAGACUAUAUUGCUAUCAUCCUUAAGAAUGAUGGUAGUGUAGAUCUGAGGUAUAAACUGGGUCUCAUAACACACAAGUACCAGCUGACUCACCGAAACCUGGCAGAUGGAUACCCCCACUACGUCAACAUAACCAGACACAACAGAACAAUCAAAACACAGGUGGAUUACAUGGAGCCCAUUGUGGAAAAAAUAACCUUAGUGGAGGACGCCAGGUUUGAUUCUCCAAAGUCAAUGUUCCUAGGGAGAGUGAUGGAGGUUGGUGAUAUUGACUAUGAGAUCCAGAGGCAUAAUGCUCCAGGCUUCAUAGGCUGCAUAUCUGGGGUGAGAUACAAUGUCUAUGCCCCUUUAAAGGCCUUCUUCCGUCCAAAUGAAACAGACCCUCCAGUAACGACACAAGGCUAUGUGUCUGAGUCCAACUGUGGGGCCUUCCCCCCUGUCCUGGGUUAUGUACCAUGGGAGGUAGACCCUUGGUUUACUGGCAUAGAGUAUUUUUAUAUCCAUGAUGACCUAGGCCUGUUUUGGAUAACGGUCAUUGUCAUCCUGGCGUUGCUGCUGCUCUUUGGAGGGCUGUACAGCAUCUAUGUCUAUGCGUAUCAGCAGAAGGGCAGCUACCGCACCAAUGAACCUAAGAACCUGGAGUCCCCCAGCAGUUCCAGGCCGCUGACGGAGACCCUGAGGCGAGAAAAAAAGAACCUCCCACAAAUUGAAGAGGAGUUCAGGAGCGACUAGCAUCACAGGACCUUUGGAACAAUGGGUGGGGUUUGACUGGGGGUUAGGGAGAGGGAAAUAGCACUUACAACAACCACAGAUACCUGUAUUACAUUUUCAAAUUCUUUUCUUCUUUUUUUAUAGUUUGUUUUUUGUUCCUUUCCCCGGUUGAGGUUUGGAUCUGAUGCCUGGUGCUCUAAAUAGUGUGUAUUUUGGUAAGGGUUAAAAGUUCUCAUCAAGCCCCAUGUUGCGUGAGUAGCCAACAAGUCUCACACUGUAUUGCAGGGUGAAAUACUGAAGUGCCUCAUCUGAGCAAGCUUGAUCUGAAGUAAUCAUAAUGGCUUAUUCAGACAGGGUUUAGAUUAGACACUGCGGGAACAGGAUUUUAAGGGAUAUUUAAUUACAUUUGGAACAUCACUUUAACAUAUUCAGGCUUUUAUUGAUUGAGUUUUUUCCUGAGCCACUGUUGAGAGUGAUUAAAGCUAACAAUAUCUUACUGUAUAGAUUUAUUGCCAUCUAAAAUAUACCUUAUGAUGACAAUCUCUCAUGGAGCUCAUUUUUACAUCAUAGCUGAUAAUCCGUCUUGGGUUUGAUCAGUAAGCACAUCUGAGAACUAGUGAACUUAACCAGUGCAGCAAAAAUCCUGAUCAAUGAUACAAAACUGGUGUUCACGAAUAAAAACAACCAACCGAAGAGAGGACAUACUGACAAGCAUAAAGCUUUGAGUUGAUGAUAUGGAUUGUAAAAGGUAUAUUCGCUUAUAUUUGUUGUAUUGCAGCCUCUAACAGUGCAUUACCUAUACAGAAUGGCACAUGUAAGUGGUUCAGAAUUACUAUAGUGUCAGUAGAUAGCAGCUUUGCCAAAUCACUUUAUGCCAGAUUCCUAACACAUGGAAAUGAGAGUGUGGUGAUAUGAAGAUACUGUACCUCCAGGUGUGAGAGCUAACAGGCUGUUGGUGUACUGCAGGAUCAAAACAAAAGUUGAUCUUGAACUCGCCAGGGACUGUCUUUCUUCUGGUUACUUAUAUUAUGGUCAAGCUGCCACUAGCUCGGUGCUACAGAGUGUUUAACUCAGCAGACAUCUCUAACGACAGUAUUACAAAAGAAAAAGUCUUCUCAUAACCCUUUCAUCCCCAAUAGUAAGCAUCUUUCAGGAAACAGCUGCUCCAAAUGGCCAUGUGGAGAAACAUAAAUAUUAACACACAUGUACACACACACACACACAAUAAUAUAUACAGAGGACCACAUGAGUGUAAAUGACAAGCUUUUACUUCUAACUUAUACUGCUCGAAUAUUUUUGCAUAAUGCUGUAGGACAGUAGCCAGCCACGCUGUCAUCGCUGCUGCUGCUGCUUGUUUAGUUGCUUUCAGUGGAAAGUUGAAAAGUCUACAUGUAGUCCAAUGAAAUUUCUUUCUCUGGCAAGAUGAAAUUUCGUUUGAUGUGUGGUGCAACCAAAGCUUAGGGCUUUCAUCACUUACUGCAGCUCUCCUUGAUGCUAAAGCACUCUUGCAUUAUUGUGAAAAAAAGUGUAAAAAAGUGAUAUAUUUAAUAACAUAUCAGCUAUGCAUUUGUAGAGCAUGACCGCACUUUGCAAAAACAGGCAAUAACUUGAGUUUCUUUCAGCCAUCAGUGAUGUUAAUGUCUCAGCUUAAUUUGCAAAUGCACAAUAGCAAGUAGGAUCUAAUGAGUGUAUACGUGAAUAUAUGAAUAAUAUGUUAAGCGACUUUUUUAUUCCUAUGGUUUAUAUAAAACAAGUUACAACAGUUAAAAGGAGUACUCUGAAUGUAAAUCAUCUGACUCUGUAAUGUAUAGAUACUACAGUGAAGACCUGCUGUGAUGUUUUCAUUGUAGGUUGCUUAGCACUGAAAGUAAAAUUAUGUGUGGUAGUUUUUUAGAAUGCUCAGGAAAAAGAAAGUACAGUACUUGUUCUCUGUAGCACUAAUACACCUCCAAAACUCAACAUUGUUGGUUUCUUCCAUUACAGAUGGGCAGAACUGUGCGAAAUUGUAGAGUGAAAGAAUGUACAGUAGAUGUAAAAACUGCAAUUACUGUAAAGGCACGACAUGGAAAUAAUAUAUGAAAAUGUACAGAUUCGGCCAAAAGUGGCUUAUACAGGCUUUAUUUUUAAGAAUGCUGUAAUAAGAUGAAUGAUGAUGAAAAAUGAGAAAACAGAGUGAAACUGUUGGUUUGUGAUUGAUGCAAAGAAUAGUUUGUGUACUGG